AUGGUGCGCUUCCAACGGUUUGAAGUAGAGCAGUGGAUGGACGAUUAUGAAACAACGCCGGGGGUUCUAAACAUCGCUGAGACAUGCGUCGAAUCCGUUUCCAUUGACCAGCUGGUGCAGCUAUCAAACGACAAGGCUGCGAAUCCGCUUCAGACUAGUACCGUUCUUACCUAUGGGGCCAUUCGCGGAUCGUCAACCUUGAGAGAACGCAUUGCAGCCCUGUACGAAGGGGAGCAGGUGUCGAGCGACAACAUUCUCAUCACGCAAGGCGCAAUAGCAGCGAACUUUUUAGUUUUCUACGGCUUAGUCGGCCCCGAAGACCAUGUCAUAUGCGUAUAUCCUACCUAUCAGCAGCUCUUUUCCGUCCCCGAGAGCCUUGGGGCGGAAGUUUCUCUAUGGCGCUUACAUGCUGAGAAUGGCUUCCUGCCUGACAUGGGCGAGUUGGAGCAGCUCGCCAAAGCAAACACAAAGGUGCGCAAAGCAGAGACCCUGCGCUCUUGA